AUGCGCAUCCCGUACGCUCCCAAAGAACCAGCAGACCCAACGCCGCAGAACCAAGCAAUCUACGACCGCAUCGCCGAACGACGGAAGCCUCGUCCUCUGAUCCCUCUCGACCUCGCAUUACUCCACAAUCCGGCGAUAGCGGAUGGCUACAACGCCCUUCUGGGUGCGAUUCGGACCAAAUCGUCUCUCUCGCAGGCGCUUGCCGAAUUGAGCAUCUGUUACAUUGCCAUAUUGAAUGGCGCGGUAUAUGAGUGGACUGCACAUGCGCCGCUGGCGCUGAAAGCGGGCGUGGAAAGGGAUAAGCUACGGGCCUUGCUUGACGGCGGGAAACCGAGCUGGGAAGGUUGGAGCGCCGAGGAGAAAGAUGUGCUCGAAUUCACGGAGCAGAGUACCAUCCAAGUAAGAGUGGACGACGCACUGUUUGAUAGGAUUAAGAGCAGGUUCUCGGACCAAGAAGUGAUGGAGCUGACAAUCACUGUGGCGGGAUACAACAUGGUCAGCAGAUUCUUGGUCGCAUUGGACGUGACUGAAAGCAAUGGCAAGGAAAUGGAGAUGCCUGCAGAGCAAUGA